AAGUAUAGGUUGCACUUGAGAAGAGUCAAACCAAAUCCAGUUGGUGAUGCCUCUGAAAGACAUAACUCAUCCUACAACAACAUGAACAACCAGGGGAGUUUCAUGCGUAACCAUGAACAUGAAAGAUGGUGUACGUCCUCUGGUCUUUUAAGUCCAAACAAUUUUUCUGCAAUGGGUCACUUAGCUCAGCCGGCGAACACACAUAGAAACUCGUGCACGGGGUCAUUCAUCCAUGAUGGUAGAAUGUAUAAGUAUGUCGCACCAAAACUGUCGGAUGCGGGAAGAUUCGCUCGCUGCAUUGACCCUCCUGCCAACCUAUACAACAACAUACCCAAUGAAACAACUUUAGAUGAAUUUCCUUCAUAUAGUUUUGGCGAUUCCUAUGCUGGCCGCAUGCGUGGUAAGCUGGUGGAGACAAACAAAGGCAAGUUUCCAGACCCUUCAUACAAUUCUGCAACACAUGCGACAUUGACUGGUGUUCUUCAUAGAGGUAUAAUAUCUCCCAUCUCAUCAAAUGUGAACGUAGAGGUGCAAAAUGAAAUUGGAACGGUCAUGAGAAAUGCUACAUCUAUGGCAGGCUUCAAUGAGCAGAUUGUUCCAAAAAAUGCACAUAGCAACCAAAGCUUCGUAGGGAUGUUGAAUGCCUGCGGCAGUCGUCCAGUGUCAUUAUCUGAGAUGGUUAAGGGAGGGAGCAGCAGUAUACCAGUAGAUGGCUUGAGUGAGCGGAUGACACCAUUCAACAUAGCAAAAAACACAAGCUCAAUCGGAAUGAUGUUGAAUGAAAACACCGCACCUGGUAACAGUAGAAUCUCAAUGACACAUACAUAUAUGGUUAAUAGUGGAAGAAAUAUUUCUACACUUUCCAACCAUCAGACAGAAAAUGUCGUCGCAAUGACUGACAAGCUUGAUGGCCAGGAUGCAGUUAGCAAUCACCCUAUGCAAAUGGGUACUAUUGGUCAGCAUGCACUUAAUGAUCAAUUUAAUGACAUCAAUGACUUCUCAUGGGAUGAUUUUUUUCUCAACCCGCUGGAUGCAGAUUUCACUAUCGAGGAUGAUUUGAUGGGUGGAGAAGAAUAGUUGCAACUGAUCGAACGAGUUCGACAGGCAAUGAGCGGCGUCAUCCAGGCUUUAUGGCCAGCCUUCUCCUUACCCGAGGGUCUUGGGGAGCUUGCGGAGAAGCUUCAGGGAGUGUGACAGCGCUUCCAUUUAUGGAAGAUUUCGGCCUGCCGCUAAGGUGCCAGGGAGGCCUGGGCCAUGGUAAAGACGCGGUACAAGAAAGCGGAU